AGAGAAAGAUUCUGCUGUUGGAUCUGUGUGGAUCUACUGAAGGAACCGGUGACUACUGUCUGUGGACACAGCUUCUGUAAGAGCUGUAUUAACACCCACUGGGACAAAGACGAGGAGAGAGGAAGCUACAGCUGUCCUCAGUGUAGACAGACCUUCACACCGAGGCCUGUCCUGGAGAAAAACACCAUGUUAGCUGAUUCACUGGAGGAGCUGAAGAAGACUGGACUCCAAGCUGCUCCUGCUGAUCACUGCUAUGCUGGACCUGAAGAUGUGGCCUGUGAUGUCUGCACUGGAAGAAAAAUGAAAGCUCACCUCCAGCCUCAUCUUCAGUCAGCUGCAUUUAAGAAGCACAAGCUGGUGGAGCCCUCGGAGAAGCUCCAGGAGAACAUCUGCUCUCGUCACGACGAGGUGAUGAAGAUGUUCUGCCGCACUGAUCAGCAGUGUAUCUGUUAUCUCUGCUCUGUGGAGGAACAUAAAGACCACGACACAGUGUCAGCUGCAGCAGAAAGGACUGAGAGGCAGAGAGAGCUCGGGCUGAGGAGACAAACAAUCCAGCAGAGAGUCCAGGACACAGAGAAAGACGUGAAGCUGCUUCAACAGGAGGAGGAGGCCGUCAAUGGCUCUGCUGAUAAAGCAGUGGAGGACAGUGAGGAGAUCUUCACUGAGCUGAUCCCUCUGCUGGAGAAAAGACGCUCUGAUGUGGAGCAGCAGAUCAGAUCCCAGCAGGAAACUGAAGUGAGUCGAGUCAGAGAGCUUCAGGAGAGACUGGAGCAGGAGAUCACUGAGCUGAAGAGGAAAGACCAGGAACUGAAGCAGCUCUCAGACACAGAGGAUCACAACCAGCUUCUACACAACUACCCCUCACUGUCACCACUCAGUGGAUCUACACACUCAUCCAGCAUCAGGUUCCGUCCUCUGAAGAACUUUGAGGACGUGACAGCAGCUGUGUCACAGGUCAGAGGUCGACUUCAGGACAUUCUGAGUGAGACAGAGACACAGAUUUUACAGAUUGUGUCUCAAGUGGAUGUGUUACUGCCACAAACAGAGCCAGAUACCAGAGCUGACUUCUUAAGAUAUUCACAGGAAAUCACACUGGAUCCAAACACAGCAGACACAUAUCUGUUAUUAUCUGAGGGAAACAUAAAAGUAACAUGUAUGAGUGAAGAUCAGUCUUAUUCUGAUCACCCAGACAGAUUCACUGAGUGGUAUCAGGUCCUGAGUAGAGAGAGUCUGACUGGACGUUGUUACUGGGAGGUGGAGGUGGGGGCGGGGAAGAAGGCAGUUUAUGUAGCAGUCACAUACAAGAAUAUCAGCAGAGCAGGAGAAUCACAUGAAUGUUUAUUUGGAUGGAAUGAUAAAUCUUGGUCAUUAGGUUGUGAUGUAAACUUUUAUUGCUUUACUUACAACAGCAUCUUGUCUCGAGUGUUCGGUCCUGUGUCCUCCAGAGUAGGAGUGUACCUGGAUCACAGUGCAGGUGUUCUGUCCUUCUAUAGCAUCUCUGACACCAUGACUCUCCUCCACAGAGUCCAGACCACAUUCACUCAGCCUCUCUAUGCUGGAGUUGGGGUUUAUGGUGAUGGAGACACAGCUGAGAUCUGUGAAAAGAUGAGCUGCUAG